GCUCAGUAACAAUUCUGGCGAGGUGGAGCGUGUAUCUGUCACCUCGCUCUCCCACCUGUUGCCGCGCUCACCUGUCCACCUAAGAGUUAAUUGGUCGGCUGUUUGUGUGUGCGUGCGUGCGUGUUUGUUUUGCCAGAUUCCACCAACUCCAAUGACCGCAUGAGAAAGUCCGCCCAAACCCAACACACGCAACACCUUAUAAUCCUCCUCCUCCCUAGCGACGAAAUCCUCCCUUGAGAACGUAAUCCCUCCCUUACGUCCUAAAAUCCCCCUCUAUACCCUAAAAUCCUUCCCUGAUACCCCAAACCCACUUCCCAUACCCUAAAAUCACACUCUAUACCCUAAAAUCCAUUCCUAUACCCCCAAACUCAUCCCUUAUACCCCUAACAACAGUCCCCUACACACUCCUUCAAUAUGCGUCAGGCCUGGUAUCCUCUGGUCGGCCUGUGGGUCCUUGCGUGGGGGUGCCUGGUGGUGGUGUCGCAGAGGUCAUGGGUGGUGCCUGUCCUUGCCCUGGGCCUGGUGGCGGCGCAUGUAGCUGACUGGCUCCUGAAGGCGGCUCGGAAUGCGAUGAAGAGAACCACGAUGGACCCCACUGGCAAAGCGGUCUUCAUUACGGGCUGCGACACGGGCUUCGGCAAGGAGUUGGCUUCGCGGCUUGACAAAUUGGGCUUCAAGGUGUUCGCGGGGUGCCUACUGCCGGAGGGUGAGGGCGCCAGGUCGUUGCUGCAGGAGUCAUCGGAGCGUCUGAAGGUCGUGAGUGUUGACGUGACAAGCGAUGAGGCGGUGCGCGCGGCCUGCAAGACGGUGGAGGAAGACCUGGACGAGGAUGAGGUUCUCUGGGGCGUGGUCAACAAUGCUGGGAUCGCCGCCUUCACGGAGAUUGAGUGGUGCCCCGUUGCGGAGUAUCGGCGGGUCUACGAAGUCAACUCUCUGGGCCCUAUCCGCGUGACCAAGGCCUUCCUGCCGCUGCUUAGACGAUCCCACGGACGGAUUGUGCUGGUGGCCUCGCUGGCGGGUCGCUACACGUUCCCCGGCUUCACCGCCUACAGCAUGAGCAAGCACGCUACGGUCUCCUUCGCUGAUGGUCUGAGGCUGGAAAUGCAGAAAUGGGGGAUAACUGUCCAUACCGUUGAGCCCACGCUGUAUAGGACUCCCAUCAGCCAGGAAGGUCCUAUUCACCGCGCGCUGGACCGGUUCUGGCAGGAGUGCUCGGAUGACGUGAGAAACUGCUACGGGGAUGACUAUAUGAAGGACUUUAAGAUGACCAUUUCGAAGCACCUUAACCGCGCCAAGCCCUCCGAGAAGAUCCGGGAGGUGAUAGACGACAUGGUGGAUGCUGUGGCCGGGGAUGACCCCAAGACGCGUUAUGUACCCAGCAUUGUCACUCAGAUCAGGGCCAAGCUGCUAUCCUCCCUUCCCGAUGCAAUGCGAGACCAGUUCUUCCUCAGUAGCCAGCCCCAGACCCCACCAGCCCUCGUCACAGCCGAGAGACAGAGGAGGAAGAAGAAGCCCGUCCUGCUGGACCCACGCAGCGAGGAGGGCAGCGUCGGGUUCAUGCGCCGCUUCGGGCCGGGCGGGAAGAGACUCGAGAGGGGCUUCUCCAUGCCGAACUGGGGCAAGAACGAGAUGACGCCCUCACCCAAGGCGAGCGACACGGUCUUCGAGUUCUAAUGGGAAGAGAAGGGCGGAGAGGCUGUUUUACGCGUGUUUGUGAGUGGGGAGGCAAAUUACUGCACUUGGUAUGCUAGUAGAGGGCUAGGGUACGCGUGUGUAUAGCAGACGAGACUAAGUUUUAAGGGCAAGGGAAGGACGGAGAGGCUCUCUGGACGCGUGUGUUUGUGAUUGGGGAGUGUUUGGUGCUACUGAGAGGUAAAACACUGCACCUGGUAUGCUAGUAGAGGCCCAGGAUAUAUGUGACAGACGGUCCUUAAGUUCUAAGGGCAAGGGAAGGGCGGAGAGGCUCUCUGGACGCGUGUGUUUGUGAUUAGGGAGUGUUUUGUGCUACUGAGAGGUAAAACACUGCACCUGGUAUGCUAGUAAAGGCCCAAGGAUAUGCGUAAUCAAGUGCAGAAGGAGAUGAGGGGACAACUGAUGUGUUUUGUUCCUGUAGUGCUAUUUAUAAGAAGUGUUGGGGCUAAUGAGAGAUGAAACACGGUAUUACGUAUGCUAGUAGAGGUCCAAUGUAUGUUUAAAGUAAUGCAGAAGGGCUCGAAAAAAGAUAAGUGAGAUGUUUAAUUGCCAAGUUAGUAUGAGGAGUAUAAAAAAAAGGAGUUAUGAGGAAAAGGUGAAGGAGAGGAAGGAAGUGUGAAGAGAUUGUGUGUUUGUUUGAAUAUGUAAAGGAGUGAUUUUGAUUGUUCUUACCUGAUUUUUCUUACGUGUUGUGUUGGUAUAAAAAGGAUGAGGCCAAGUUAGUCUUAGUGUUUGAUGUACAGGUAUAUAUAUAGUGUAGAACUGUAGCUUAGAUUGGUGUGUGUGUGUGUGUGUGUGUGUGUGUGUGUGUGUGUGUGUGUGUGUGUGUGUGUUACGUCAGAGAUAAAAAAAAAACCUAUAUAUGAAAUUUAAAAAAAAAGGUGCUAAAUAUAUUUUGUUUACUUUUAAGAGAUAUACAUUUAAACAGAGACUUUGAUUAUACGUGGGAAGGCGUUUUUGAAAAUAUAUAAAAUUCAGAAGA